UUGGUGGCCAGGGGUCCAUUCCUCUGUUGAAAGUGGAGCGUAGGGGGUCAGGAGGGAGGGGGCUAGGGCAGGUCCCAGUGGAAAUACCCCCCCCUCCCUCUGAGCCCUCUUUCUUCCCCUGCUUAUUUCCUGGAAACCCAGAGAUUAGGUCCCCAGCUCCCAAAGAAAGGGUCAGGUAUGUUCAGAUAUUGGCCAGAGAGGCAAGGCACUGGAGUGUGAAUGUAAGCAGCCUUGCAGGGGGACCAGUGAGAGUCUCCAGGAUCCCAGGCAGAAUGUCUCAGGAUAAAGACAUGUGGAAAAAACGGGCCCUGGGGGACGAGCUCACCGCCACCAGGCUGCAGAAGCUGGAACAGCAGCGGCUACUGUUUGAGAAGAAGCAGCGACGGAAGCGCCAAGAGCCCCUCAUGGUUCAGGCCAAUCCCGAUGCGUCCCUGCGGCCCCGGCGACCGCGGCGGCGGGAGGAGCGCCUCGCGAGUGACAGCGGAUCCGGGAACCCUUUCCUCCGGGAGAACGUGCCCGAGGCACACCUGCGCCCUGGUGCCCACAGCGCCCUCAGCACGGUGAGCUGCGGUGGCGAUGGCAGCGGUGAGCACGGCUCACUGGCGUCGCCGACAGAAGCAGACAGUUCGGAUCCGGAGUUGGAGGAAGUCUCCGUGGAGGACGUUCCCGCCUCUCCUCCUUACAAAGAGCCUCUGGGGGCUCGCCGCAGGGGCUGGCCAGCCCGCCAACGACCGGGGGCUGACGCGGAGGACGAGAGCGAACCCCAGGAUAGCAGAGACCAAUACGGGGCGCCCUAUCUGGAAUCGAAGCCUGGAAUGGAUAGCGACCGGGAACGCGGAGACUUGGCCUCGGACAAGGGCGAAGCCCUGGAAGAGAAGAAAGAGUCGGAGUCUUUAGCGACCAGCUCCCCAGCGGCGGCCCACGGGGAGAUGUCCAAGGCCCCGCAGGGCCCGGCCGGCACGGGCAGCGGAGACGUGGGGAGCGCGUCCCGCCCGCCAUCCCGCGCCCCGGGCCCUCGGCUGGGCGAGGACAUGGAGGCGUACGUGCUGCGGCCGGCGCUGCGGGGAAGCACGGUGCAGUGCCGCAUCAGCCGCGACAAGCGCGUCAUGGACAAGGGCAUGUUCCCCUUCUACUACCUCUACCUGGAGGCGGCCGACGGCCGGAAGCACUUCCUCCUCGCUGGGUGUAAGAGAAAAAGGAGCAAAACCUCUAAUUACCUCAUCUCCCUGGACCCCACAGACCUAUCUCGGGAUGGGGACAACUUUGUGGGCAAAGUCAGAUCCAAUGUCUUGGGCACCAAGUUCACCAUCUUUGACAACGGGGUGAAUCCUGACAGGAAGUAUUUAAUCCCGGAGACUGCCCGGAUCAGGGAGGAGCUGGGGUCUGUGUUUUAUGAGACCAAUGUCUUGGGAUUUCGGGGUCCGCGGAAAAUGACUCUGAUCAUCCCGGGAAUCGACGCCCAGAACCAGAGAAUUAGCGUCCAGCCACAAAAUGAACAAGAGUCGUUACCGAGUCGCCUCCAACACGGCGCCAGCCAUGGGUUGCUCCUACUACAAAACAAAGCCCCGUUGUGGAGCGACGAGAGCGGCGCCUAUGUGCUCAAUUUUCACGGUCGAGUCACGAGAGCCUCGGUCAAGAACUUCCAGAUCGUGCACUCAGAUGAUCCGGACUACCUGGUGCUCCAGUUCGGUCGCGUAGCCCCAGACACAUUCACCAUGGACUUCCGCUUCCCGCUUUGUCCUCUCCAAGCCUUCGCCAUCUGCUUGUCUAGCUUUGAUGGGAAGCUGGCCUGUGAGUAACCCAAUAAAAUGCCAUCCCCUCACCUCACUAGCUACUGUACCAGCUGCUUGAGAGAAAGGGCCCCAACGGGCCUGCUUUUCCACUGCUUAAUAAUAACCAACACUUAUUAGAUGCCGACUGGAUAUUGGUGCCGAGGUCUCAGUAGGCUGCAGCAGCACCUGCUGCCCUCACCAUGGAAUCUGCAAGUUGGGCCUUGAACAAAAAGGGUAAAAGAGAAAGAAGUGACUUUCAGACCGCAUCUGAAGAAUCAG